CUUGAGGUAUAAAGCUAUGAUGCUGGUACUAGUAGCCAACAAAGCUCUAGGGUUAUCCUAUUUAAAUGGAGAGAAGUAGACAGUUUUAGGUUGUUUGGGUAAUUAAAGAGUCAGUGUCGUUGUGUCUCGACUAUGAAGGCUCUUAGCCAUAUGGAUAGUUCAAGGUAGUGAUUUGUAAGUACAAUUUAGUGAGAAAUUAUUUUGGAGCACUUGUGAAAAUCUUUAUUGUAAUUGUAAUGACAGUGAUUUUUCUACCGAAAUAGAGUCGCUAUCAUAUGCAUGAUAUAACCUUUGUAUGCAGAAACAUUCAAUUAAAACAAUAUCAUAAAACGAUGUCAUGGACUUGCAAAAUAAAUGAGACCUAUCAUUUAAAACCGUAUUUUUUUAGGGGGCCUCCAAUCUAUGCACAUUGGAUGCGCAGUACUUCUUUAUACACAACCUACAUGUGCAAGCAUAGGCCUACCAGGCAGGCUCACAGACACCCUGGGCUUGCUGGUCGGACUAGAUUCUCUAGGCUAUAGCCAGACACUUGGAGGUACAGCAACCGUCACUGCAGCAGUAGCCCAGUCUGCAGCACCUUGACUCGAUGCGACCCGCGAGCUGACCUAAACCGCCUCUCGACCCGAGACGCUUGCACAUGACGUGGCUCACUCCUGGCUUGCCGCGUGUUGACCCGCGGCGCAAAUAGUCCUUCAGCUUGGUCGGCUUAGACAGCUUGGUGCGGCUCCCGGCGGCUACUCGGCUUAUUCGGCUCAGGGACCCCUAUUUUAGUCCGAUUUUCACUGUUUCGACCCUCUUGAACUUGUUUUCGGCCCCGAUAAGAUAAUUGCGGUCGAAAUGAAAGUGGAGGCACCCAAAAACUGUCGUCGUCCAAGAACCCAGAUGGACCCCCCAUCUCCUCCUCCGCCACCGCCGUCUAGUCCUCCUCCGCCUCCGUCGCCGCCGUCUAGUCCUCCUCCGCCUCCGCCGCCGCCGUCUAGUCCUCCUCCGCCUCCGUCGCCGCCGUCUAGUCCUCCUCCGCCUCCGCCGCCGUCUACUCCUCCUCCGCCGCUGCCGUCUCCUCCUCCUCCUCCGCCGCCGGGGGAAAGUAGAUCCUCAAUGAUGAUAAUUGUGGCCAUUGUGGUUCCAAUUACAGUUACUGUCUCCAUAUUGCUGUUUGCUCUGAGCUGCUAUUUCCUGCGACCAACAGCAAAGAAGAAAUACAAUGCUGUAAAGGAAGACAGUGUUAUUGAUGAGAUGAGCACUGCUGAAUCUCUGCAAUUUGAUUUCAAUACAAUCAACGCUGCUACUAGCAAUUUCUCAGAGGAAAACAAGCUCGGUGAGGGCGGAUUUGGUGCAGUCUACAAGGGUAGACUUGAGAAUGGACAAGAGAUAGCCGUGAAAAGAUUAUCAAGAAGAUCUCUGCAAGGUUUUAAAGAGUUCAAGAAUGAGAUUACGUUGGUUGCUAAACUUCAUCAUAGAAACCUCGUAAGGUUAUUGGGAUUCUGCAUGGAGGGUGAAGAAAAGAUACUCAUCUAUGAAUACAUCCCCAAUAAAAGCCUCGAUUUUUUCUUAUUUGAUCCAAUUAGACAAAAACAGCUGGAUUGGUCCAAACGAUAUACAAUUAUCAACGGCAUCGCUCGAGGAAUUUUAUAUCUGCACGAAGAUUCUCGUCUUCGAAUUAUUCAUCGUGAUCUGAAAGCAAGUAACAUUUUGUUAGAUGGGGAUAUGAAUCCAAAAGUUUCGGAUUUUGGUAUGGCAAGAAUUGUUCAAGUGGAUCAAACUCAAGGAAUUACCGAUCGAAUUGUCGGUACAUACGGUUACAUGUCUCCUGAGUAUGCAAUGUACGGAAACUUCUCCUUGAAAUCUGACGUGUAUAGCUUCGGAGUCUUAAUCUUUGAAAUUAUAAGUGGCAAAAAAAAUAACACCUUUUAUUUGUCGAAACUUGCCGAAGACAUGUUGACCUAUGCUUGGAAACUAUGGAAGAAUGGAACAUCCUUAGAGCUAUUGGACCCAAUACUUAGAGAUAAUUACUCAAGAAAUGAAGUGCUUAGAUGCAUCCAUAUUGCUUUGUUAUGCGUUCAGGAGAAUCCCAGCCGUAGGCCUUCAAUGACAUCCAUUGUUCUAAUGCUCAAUAGUUAUUCUACAACCUUGCCAUUGCGCAGGGAACCAGCGUCAUUCAUGCACAGUAAAGAUGGUGGUAUUGUAGUAGACAGUAAUCGAACCACAAGCACAUCUCGGUCCAGUAGUUUGUUAAUGUAAUGGCCCAAGUCCGCCGCUAGUAGAUAUUGUCAUCUGGACUUUCCCUUUCGGACUUUCCCUCAAGGCUUUAAAACGCGUCUACUAGGGAGAGGUUUCCACACCCUUAU